UGUUGAAUUCUAUACAGUAUGGGUAAAGGAGGAGGAUGUAUGCCCAGUAAGAACAAGCCACCUGAGAAUAUAUCAUCUCCCCAAAAUACCCCUCUCUCACAUACCCAAUUACCAAUCCCCAGUAUCAGUAUAAUAACUGAUUCUGCUGCUGUGGAAGAAAAAUCCAAGAAAAAAUUAAAAAUAUUCAUUGUGUUCUAUUCAAUGUACAGACACGUGGAAAUCCUAGCCAAAAAAAUCAAGAAAGGGGUUGACAGUGUUGAGGGCAUUGAGGGAAUUUUGUAUAGGGUUCCGGAGAUUUUGUCGCCGGAGAUUUUGUCGCAGAUGAAUGUGCCUAGUGAUAAAGAUGAUGAGAUUCCGAUUAUAUCGGUGGAGAAGUUGGUUGAGGCCGAUGGAUUUUUGUUUGGAUUUCCGACGAGGUACGGAUGUAUGGCCGCUCAGAUGAAGGCGUUUUUUGAUUCGACGGGGGGUUUGUGGAGGGAUCAGAAACUCGCCGGAGUUCCUGCCGGAAUCUUUGUCAGCACCGGUACGCAAGGCGGCGGCCAGGAAACCACCGCGUGGACGGCAAUUACGCAAUUAGCCCAUCACGGAAUGUUGUACGUGCCGAUUGGAUACACAUUCGGUUCCGGAAUGUUCGAUAACGAUAGUAUAAGAGGAGGUUCGCCUUACGGAGCAGGAGUUAUAUCAGGUGAUGGAACAAGAGAACCUACUCAAACUGAACUUUCUCUUGCAGAGUAUCAAGGCAAAUAUAUGGCUUUGUUUGUCAAGAGAUAUUCUUAUUAGCCAUUUAAUAAUUACAAUUUACAACCAACCCCUUGAGGUAAGGUCUAUUUACCAAAAAACCCCUCCCUUUUUUUCCAUAAUUACAUCCAGAACCUGCAAUUUGUAUAUUCGUUACAUUAACAACUCUUUGUAGGGGGUGGAUGUAAACAAAUUACAAACAAACUGCAGGGGAUUAGAUGUAAUUUCUCAAAGACAAUGGGUAUAUUUUGUAAUUACACUUU